AUGGCGGAAGUAAGACAAGAGGUGGAGAAAGAGGCACAAGAGAGUGGUAAGACGGCUGCAACCGCUGGUAUGCAGCAGAGAGGUGAACUACCCGCGCCUGCUGAAAAGCAGAGAAGCGGGCAACAGCAUCAGAGACCCGCGCCUGCUGAAAAGCAGAGAAGCUGGCAACAGCAGCAGAGACCCGCGCCUGCUGAAAAGCAGAUAAGCGGGCUACAGCAUCAGAAACCCGCGCCUGCUGAAAAGCAGAGAAGCGGGCAACAGCAGCAGAGACCCGCGCCCGCCAAAUGGCGGAGAAGCGGGGAACCCACAGGUACCACAACAGGCUCAACAACAGCUACUCCAAAACGCACCAGCCUACAGGUCACACCACCUGAGCCACCGUCCCCCAAACGGCCGCGGGGCCUCCCACCCCCUCCAACAGAGUCUAGGGGCUUGGAUGGGUCCGCGGGGUCCGCAGGGUCAGCCACAGGAGGGAAUCACUAA